AUGGCGCGAACAGUGUCCGAGGUGAGAGACGGCAUCCAGAACCAGAGGGAUCUGGAGCUGGGAGACGAUGUCAUCGAGAAAUCGCCCACAGUCAGGGCCGAUGACCCGAAUUUGGUCAAGUGGAACGGCCCCGAUGACCCGGAGAAUCCAAAGAACUGGCUUCACAGCAGGAAAUGGGCCGCCGUCUUUUGUGUCUCUUGCUUCACCGUCAUCUCGCCCAUUGCCUCGAGCAUGGUUGCUCCUGGCCUUCCCCAAAUCAGCAGGGACUUGCAUAUUACCGAAGAGAUCGAAAGCGCCCUCGUUCUGUCCAUCUUCGUGGCCGCCUACGCCGUCGGCCCUCUAAUAUGGGGCCCCCUUUCCGAGCUGUAUGGCAGAGUCAUCAUCAUCCAGGUCUCCAAUCUGUGGUUCCUCCUCUUCAACCUAGGCUGCGGUCUCGCUAAGACGAGUGCCCAAAUGUUCGUCUUCCGCUUCCUCUCGGGCAUUGGAGGAUCCGCCCCUCUUGCUAUAGGUGGUGGUGUGCUAGGAGACCUGUUUACCGCUGAAGAGAGAGGAAAGGCCAUGAGCAUCUACUCGCUGAUGCCGCUGCUUGGCCCGGCUCUGGGGCCGAUCGCUGGAGGCUGGGUCUCGGAGCGGACAACUUGGCGAUGGGUCUUUUACAGCACCACGAUUGCGUGUGGCAUCGUCCAAACAGCGGGCCUCUUUUUCCUUCAGGAGACGUAUGCACCAGUUCUAUUGCAGCGCAAGAAGGCGGCCAUGAUUAAAGAGACGGGCAACACCAACCUCGUCACCGAAUAUGACGAUCCAAACAAGACUCUUACCCAGACGCUGACAGUCGCACUGACUCGCCCGUUCCGCAUGCUAUUCACGCAGCCCAUUGUACAGGUCAUGUCUCUAUACAUGAUGUAUCUGUACGGCCUGACAUACUUGAUCCUCUCCACCUUCGCCAGCCUCUGGGCCACCGAGUAUCACGAAAGCCCGGGCAUCGCCGGCCUCAACUACAUCUCUCUCGGCCUGGGCUUCUUCCUGGGCGCCCAGAUCUGCGCGCCGCUACAGGACAAAAUCUACGCUGCUCUCAAGAGACGCUACGUGCCAGACGGCGGCCCCGGGCGUCCGGAAUUCCGCGUGCCGCUGCUGAUUCCAGGGGCGAUUCUCCUGCCCAUCGGCAUCUUCAUCUACUCGUGGACCGCGGAAAAGCACACGCACUGGAUCGGGCCCAACAUCGGCGCCGUCGUGUUUGGCUGCGGCAUCAUCAUCGGCUUCCAGUGCAUCCAGGGAUACAUGGUGGACUCGUACACGCGAUACGCGGCCAGUGCCGUGGGAGCAGUGACUGUUCUACGCAGUCUGGCGGGCUUUGGAUUCCCCCUAUUUGCGCCAGCCAUGUAUAGCCGCCUUGGAUAUGGCAUUGGAGGGACGGUGCUGGCGGCGUGUGCGAUUGGGAUUGGGUUCCCGAGUCCGAUCUUUUUGUGGUUUUUCGGGCCGAAGCUGAGAGCCGCGAGUAAGUUUGCGGCGUGA